AUGGCCACUGUUACUCAAAAUAGAACUAAAGAGGGUGAAGCUGCUGAGAUGGUUUUAAAUUAUAUAUUUGAAAAUAGUAGUGGAAAAUAUCCAUCAAUCAAAGAGAUUUCUGAGUUAGACUUCUUUUGUCAUGAAAAAUUAUUAGAGCUUGCCAAAUUUAAUCCAGCACCUAUCAGCUACUCACAACCAAUGAAGUCAUUACUGAAAACAGUAAAGAAAGGCAGACAGCUAUCAAAAAAGUCUUCCUUACGAAAAACAACAUCAAUAGAAAAAAGUUCCAAAGAAGCUAAAAUGUACUCAUCUUCAAAAUCUUUAUCCAAGUCUUCAGCUCAGCCCACAAAAGCACCACCUGCUCCAGUAGCUCCGCCUCCACCUAAAGCUCCACCCCCUCCAUUAUUAGCUCCACCUCCACCACCUGCUAAAGGUCCACCUCCUCCACCAGCAGUGAAUGCUCCUGCAGCUUCCAAUGAAAGAAGUGCUCUUUUAGGAGAUAUCAGACAUGGAAUGAGAUUGAAGAAAGCAACCACUAAUGAUAGAAGUGCUCCAAAAGUUUAAAACUGUGUCAUUGUCAUAUUUGUUAGACAUUUUAUACAUGUUACAUUAAUCAAAUUUUGUUAUGAUUCAAAAUACUUCAUAGAUACUCUCAAAAUUGUUGAAAACUGUUUACAUAAGUCACUUUAUUAAUACUUGAAAAAAUAUUUGGCUCAAACAACUUCUUAAUCCUUUUGUUUUAGUAUUGUAUGUGUAAUAUAUAUAUAACCGUUUUAUAGUAUAUCAGGUUUUGGCAAUGAUCCAAAAAAGUUAGUGUUAAGCUCCAGUAACAACAGGGCAUCUAGGACAAAAGUCCCCAUAGGUUUUUAUGGCUUUUAAGGAGGUUCGCUACUCAGUUUUAAAGGGACAAGCUUUUUAGGACACCAGUAUACAUUGAUAGGGGGUUAUUAAAGAACCAAAAGAGCACAAGCAUAAUAUAGGUCAAUGUGCUUGUUUUCGAGAUAUUAGCCAUUGAAAUUUUGUCAAGAAAAUGUUCUCUCUUGAUUUUUCAUAACUUUAUCAAAAUUCUCAAAAUCAAAAAUUAUUUAAGGAAUGACUGUAAUAUUUUUUCUGUCUAUGAAGCAAUAACAUAAAAAAUUUGGUGCACACUGAAUAAUGGGCGUAGAGGGUUAUUUAACAGUGUGCACCACAUUUUUUAUGUUAUUUCGAAUAGACAGAAAAAAUAUUACAGUCAUUUCUUAUAAUUUAAUUCUAAAUUCCAUUUUAACCCGUAGAAAACCAUGAAAAAAAGUUGAUGACGUCAUGGUCACAUGACUAAAUUAUGUUUAGAGGCUCAUAACAAAAUAACGUCAGCCAAUCAGAAGACGUGUAACAUCCAAAAUUAUAUUAUUAAAAAAUAACAAAGAUUUUACAAGAAUUUACAGAUGGCUUAUAAUUAUACAUGUAAAAGAUUUAUAAAGAGUAAAUGGGGGUCAAUGGGCAAAUUAGUUUAAUGCAUUCAAAUUGAUAAAACCAGAAGAUUCCAAAAAAAAUGACAAAAAUUCCCAAACAUGACAAGCAAACAUCCUUAAAAAUAAUUAAAUGAUUGUAUUCUUCCUGAUGAUCUCCAAUUGAAGACAAAAAGGUGAAUAUUGUUGCUUUAAAUUAAUUAAUCAUAGUGCUAUGCAAAACAAAUACUGUGGAUUCAUUAGUUAAUAUUUGAUGGAUACCAAUUUUUGCAGGUUUCAUGGGUACAGGUGCACCAAAUGAAUUGAAUUACAAAUUUUAAAUAAGCUUAGUUUACAGCAAUUGCUAAAUCACAAAAUCAAAUAUUCACAAACAGCCAAGUUUUCCUCAAUCCACAAAAAUUGAUACCCAUGAAAAUAAAUGAAUCCACAGUUAUGUUGUUUUUGCAAUGAAAGUUACAAAUUAAUUAAAAUAUUGAAUAAAAGCAAUAGAAUAUUUUCAUAAAAACAUGUGCAUCUUAGAACAGACAAUUUUUACUACUGGUGCAUGAAAUUUCUAAAUAGUGUUUGGAUAAACAAGGGUCUUUUAUUCCAAGCAGCUUUUGUCUAACUCCCAACAAAAUUAGAUGUGAUAAGAAAUUAUGCUUAAACCAAAAUAUAUUCAAUAGUUUUAGGAUGCCAUUAUAAGAAUGAUAUAGCUCAUAGUUGUAGUUAAAAUUACUUAAUUUAAUUGGCAAAUAUUUAAGUCCUUGCCUCCUUAAGAGUGGGAGUAUAUGUUUUCAAGACAUCCAAAUUCUAUUGGUACUAAAAUGGAAAUUGAGUCUUUGUACUUUGUUGAAAAAGAGCAUAUUGUGAUAUUAGAUAUUGUGCCAUUUAUUUAUUUAAAGCUUGUAUGGUGCUUCAGUCAUUAAUAUAUAUAUGUUUUGUUUAUUUUGUUAAUUUAUUUGUUUAAGUUUUUAAUUUGUUUUAAUUGAUGUAGUUUAGUGUAGAAAAAUGAAUUAGUGGAAAGUUUUCAUAUACUUCAAAAUAUUAUUUGAAUGUUGAAUACUGUAUGUCUUUCUGUAUAAGAUGGAACUAAUAUUGAAAAAUGUUAGUUCCAAAAGUACUCAUGCUGUAUCCCCGCUUUACUUAUAAAAAUCUGACAUUCUGUUGAAGAGAAUUUUCAGAAUCAUCUUUUUUUUCCAAAUGAAACUAACUUUUAAAAAUGUGAAGGCUAGACUUUGCUUGGCUGAUUGGGUUAACACCAGAACAGAAAGUGAACACAGGAUCUCUAUUUUUUAUCAGAUUGUGUGUUACUUUUUACUGAAUUAAAGCUAUUAUUUCCUUACUUCAUCAUGUGCUUCUUCGAAGUCAAAUGAAGCAAAGAUUAUCAGAAGUACCACUUUUAAAGUGGAUUUUACAGGCUAUUCUUAGUAAGCCAUCCUGUUAGAGAUAAGAUGUUUAGUGUGUUGAGGCCUAUUUUACAAUAAUAUACAAAAGUAUUUGUAUAAUUUUUAUUUAAAAAAAAACAAUGAGUAUUCUAAGUCAAAAUUACAUAUAGUAUACAGAUUGUGUGAUUAUUUGUCCCGUAAAACCAAAGUCUAGUUAUUUGUUAAUCAGUUUUAAUUGAUGGCAACUUUUGCAGCUGUAUCAUAUACGUAGUAUAGUGUAUCAUCAUGUUGAUACACACUCUUAAUACAUUGAAUAUAUAUAUGUAGAAUAAUUGCAUCUUUCUUUUUUUAUAUACGGACUUUAUCAGCAAGAAUAUUAAGCAAGCUGAUAUGUCAUGUGAUAGCAUACUUUUUUCAAGGAUUUCAAAAUUUGUUGCAAGAUCAAAGAGAAAAUAUACAAAUUGCUGAUUAAUACUCAAUGAUUACUUUGUCAAUUCUUAUUCCUAUUACAUUAUACAGGUAUUAUAGCUUGAACAUUACUAGGUCAAGAACAAUACUGUGUCUACUUAUUGCCUUAUUUAUGUAUACUUUUGUAUAUGUUGAAAUGAAGUGGUUGUAUAAUGCUGAUCUCAAAAAAAGUCAUUUAUCUUGAAAGUGGUACAAUUCAUUAAAGCCUUUGUAAGAACUGAUACUAGGGAUUCAUUUUAUUUUUGGGAUACCAAUUUUUGUGGAUUUUGUUGGAACCACGAAAUUAAAUGUUAUCAAAUUUUAUAAAUGCUUGUAUGCAGACUUCAGCUGAACCAAGAAAUUAGAUAUUGAAGAAAAUGCAAAUUUAUUGCGAAAAUUGGUACCCACCAAAAUAAAUCCACAGUAACUAGAAAUUUAAAUUGUUCAGGAAUGAUUUUAGCAAAUGAAAGUUUUUAGAGACACCUGAGCAAUUUUCCUUUCUUUAGCUAACAGUUUAUAAUGGGGCUUAUAAAAAAGACCUCUUGUAAGAAAAUGGUCGCCUUUGAAUUUUCUUUAGUAUUAGAAUCUGUGAUAUUUUACUUAAAGUUUGUGAAUAGUUAGACUGUUGUUCGUUGAUUGUUCUUUAUUAAAAAAAAAAAG